AGAUUGAAAACGUCAAACAAGCAAUGGUGCCCGAGUUGGUCUGCUUUCCGAUCAAAUCAGCUGUAUAGUGGUAAUUUACUGUAGAGUUUAAAACCAUCUACCAAAAUGCGCCCAGAUGAACACAAAUGGAAAAAAAGCGCAGAGUACAAAAGGAAACAUGGGAUAACGGAAGAAAAUAAAAGAUGUAAAAAAGGAAAUGCUCAUAAAGUAUCGUUGAACUCGGCAAAAAACCCUGUUCAAUGCGACAACUCGGAUGACAACCAAGACAGUAGAAACUCUUAUGCCACCAAAUUUUCUAGACGGAAGUUGAGCAGUAAUUGGGAGAAGUACGAGAGCCAAACUGAGGAGGAUCCUUACAUUGGACCGUUGCAAAAGGGAGAAAACUUUGAAAAACUCUUGAGAUGUGCAGGAGCAUCAGCAGCUCAGUUUCGAUUCAAGGAUGAAGUAUUUUGGGAAGAGGACGAUUCCAAUCCACAGUGUGAACAGACGACAAUUGAUAUGGUGGCUCUGGCUGACAGUCUGGAUUGUCUAACUCUCUGUCAAAAGUUGAAUCUUGGCAAGGAACAUUUCACAGUUGAUCAACUGAAAGUCAUUGAGAAUCAAGCAAUACAAAACAGUACUGCAGGCAGUACAGAGCAUAUUCGUCAAACACAGCUUGAAAGAGAUCAUAUUGGAUAUACCAAAGAGAGCUGCAAUGAUCAUAGUGAUGCAUGCAUAAAUGGGAAAGCUCAAACAAAAUCAAACUCCACAUGCAAGGACACUUACAAUGGGAGUUCUACCAUUGUGGCUUCAAAUAUGAAAACAGAGUUUCAGCAUACCAGUGCUGAUGACCUUGACCUGGAUGCACUGUUGUCGAUCGAAAGAAUUGAAAAAACACCAAGUAAUAAGCAUUUAGAUGCUACAGGUAAAGUUUUUUCAUAUCUUCUAUGUAGCUUUUUUAUGGCAAGACCUUUCAUAUCAUGACAUUUGACCCUGUGAUCUUGAACUUUAGGAAUUUGACCAUCGUCGGAAACCCACGGUCGGUUGCUUUAAUGUUUACCUACCGUGGGACACAAGGCAAGUAUUUUCGCUGGAAGGUGUGUCUUGGAUUUUAUAUGCAAUUGGUCGCUUUACCAUUCCUUAUUGCGAUAUUCAACCAAUGAAAAGGCCCCUUAUUUUCAGUCCUCGGUAGCAUAGAAAAACAUGCUUUCGAAGCCAAGAUUUUGACUACGUUUAAGUUGGACAAGUUACAAAACUUUCAGCGAGAUGCUUUAUCUCCAUUAUUGAAGCGGAGGGUGUAUUUGUGUCUAUAAAGACAGAGGAGGAAAAAGCCUGUGUUACCAAGUGUUUACUAUCGUACUACGUACGAGUCUAUGUACAGGUCUACAUGUUCAGCACGAGUUCGUAGUUACAUCAUACGGUAGCAAUGGUUUCCGGAUGAUAACUCAGAAAGUUUAAAUCCGAAUCAAAUGAAACUUUGAUAUAUUGUUGGGUACCAGGUAAGGAAGACCCCUAUUGAUUUUGGAGGUCAAAGGUCAAGGUCACAGUGACAGAAUAUAGAAUGAAAAUUUCAGAAAUAUUUGGUUUCCGGAUGAUAACUCAGAAAGUUUAAAUUCGAAUCAAAUGAUACUUAAAGAUUUUGUUGGGUACCAGGUAAGGAAGACCCCUAUUGAUUUUGGAGAAAAUGGGUCAAAGGUCAAGGUCACAGUGACCGAAAAUAGAAUUAAAAUUCAAAAAAAAAAAGUUUCCGGAGAAUAACUUGAAAUUUUUUAAUUUGAAUCAAAUGAAACUUGGUUAUAUUGUUGGAUACCAGCAAAGCAAGGCCCCUAUUGAUUUUGGAGAAAAAAAGUCAAAGGUCAAGGUCACAGUGACCAAAAAUAGAUUGAAAACUUCAGACAAAUAUGGUUUCUGGACAGUAACUUGAAAAGUUUAAAACUGAAAUUAGUUCUUCAUAAUUAUAAAUAUACCACAUCAUUCCUGACUUUACAAUGUAUCCCAUGCAACUCGGCUUAUGCACUCCUGGGUGCAUAUAUUGAUUUUUUUUAAACAGACUUGGUAUUUCAUCAUUUUCUAUAGGUAUGUUAAACUUACGUAUUAAGUACUGCCGUAAUUUGUUCUCUUUGUGUUGUCGGCACAAUUUGAGCCAGUAAUUGUGACCUUCUUUACACACCUCUCUCUUGUAAACACAAUUGAUGUCUCACGUACGCUAAUUACAAAAUGACAUGUGAACGGGAUUGUAAGACCAUAUCUUCAUUCAAAUUUGCAUCUAAUCUUUAAAUUGCAUCAUGCAUGACUGAUUUUAUUCACAUGCCAUGACGCAGUGAUGAUAAUAAACAUACUAGAGGCGGAUCCAGAUUUUCCGAAGGGGGGGGGGGGGACACAUGUAAAAGUGAAGUAUUAGUUAAAAUAAUCAGCCACUUUGGGUGCCAUAUCUGGAGUUUUCAUCUAUAUAUCUUUGAUAGUGGCACAACAAAACACACACACUUUCAUGGGCGCCGCCAUUACAGCUGACACUUUGGGUACCGGGAAUAUUUAUGGCGAUUCUCAUUGGUCCUCGAUAGGUCACAUAAGGUCACACAUUUGAAUGAGUUAUGCGAAAAUAUAUCGGGGUUACGUCCCACGGGAGGUAAAUGUAGUACGUGGGUUUUCAACGAUGGAGUUUGACCUACUUUUAAGAAAACAUAACCUAUUAUAUAUAUUCAGAACUAUCAUACUAGGUGGGGCUUUCAUUAUUUGUAUAUAGAUUCUUUAUGACAAGAUCUUGUACACAAUGGUGUUUGAUCUUUAAACCUUAGAGUUUGACCUACUUUAAAAAAAAAAAAUGCCCUAUUCAAUAUCUCUUGAAUGAUUUAAGGUAGAUCUUUCAUAUUUUGUAUAUAGAUUUCUUACAGCAAGACUUUUCAUAUCAUACUGUGAAUUUUGACCUUCUGAUCUUGGAAUUUGACCUACUUUUAAGAAAAUGGAAUCUGUUAAAUUUCUUCAGAAAUUUUGAUGGUAGGUGUUUCAUAUUUUGUAUAUAGAUUUUUUUAUGACAAUACUUUGACCCACUUUCUUGAAGACUUGACCUAUUUAAUAUCCCCUGAAGUAUUUAAGAUAAAGCUUUCAUAUAUUUGUAUAAAUUCUUUAUGGCAAGACUUUGUUAUACUUUGCUGUUUGACCUUGUGACCUUGAAGUUGGACUUAUCUUUAAUAUUAAAAAAUGUGAUCUAUUCAAUAUCUCCUGAACUAUUAAAGAGAGAGCUUUCAUAUUUUGUAUAUAGAUUUCUUAUGGCAAGGUCACCAUGAUCAAUAACAUUGUGACCUUGAUCUUAUCCAGAAUAGCAAGAUCAUGUUAGUCAUAUUGAUGUUGAGGCAUCUCUGUGUUAUGUUGUGAUCCUUUGGGGCUCGGUUGAGUCCUCAAUAUGUGGUUAAAAUUCUCAUGGGAAUAAAGAUUGAUUAAAACAAUCUUUAAAAAAUCACAAAUGAACAAUGGCAAGGCCAAGGUGACUCAGGUGAGUGAUGUGGCCCAUGGGCCUCUUUUUCUGUUUCCUCUGAACACAGAUCAUUUUGUUUGGAUCUGCAGUUGUUGAAAAAUAAAAUUUCUGUCUUCUUGUCCUUCCAUGCCAUCACACACAGCUCAUUCUUUUGCAUGAUCUUGAAGUCCCCAUGGGUUUUAGCUCACCUGAGCUUUUCUGAUUUCCCAUUCUCCAACAUCCGUCUGUAACUUUCAUACUUUUGACUUCUCCUCAAGAACCACUGGGCGAAUUUCAACCAAAUUUGGUUCAAAUCAUCCUUGUGUGAAGGGGAUUCAAAUUUGUUCAAAUGAAGUACCAUGCCCCCUUAAAAAGGGAGAUAAUCACAAAAAUGCCAAAAUAGGGUGGGGUCAAUUAAAUACCAUCUUCUCAAGAACCACUGAGCCAGAAAAACUGAAAUUUAUAUGAAAACUUCUUGAGAUAGUGAAGAUUCAAAUUUGUUAAAAUCAUGACCCCUGGGGGUAGGGUGGGGCCACAAUAGGGGAUCAAAUUUUUUACAUGCAAAUAUAUCAGAGGAAAUCUUUAAAAGUCUUCUUCUCAAUAACCAAUUAGCCAUAUUAGUGGAGAUUUACCUGAAAGCUGCCUGGUAUAAAGUAGGUUCAAGUUUGUUCAGAUCAUGGCAUCCGGGGGUAGGGUGGGGCUACAAAAGGGAAUCAAAAUUUCACAUGCUGAUAUAUAGGAAAAUAUCUUCUCCAGAAGUAAUGGGCCAAUUUCAACCAAACUUGAUACACAUCAUGCUUGGGUGAAGGGGAUUCAAGUUGUUCAAUUAAAGGGCCAUGUCCUCUUCAAAGGGGAGAUAAUCACAAA